AUGUUGGACCCGUCGGAUUGGUACGAAGUGUCCUUCGUCAACAGUGAUGGACCGUGGGGUGCGAUUAGGGCACGGUUGUCGAUCACAGAUGAAGAAAGGAGCUUUGUCUCCGUCGCUUUUCGGGUCGUCACGAGAGACGUCGACCUGCUCCUGGGUGUCGAAGGCGUGCUCAAGUCGAGAGUAGUCGAAGAAUUCGUCAGCCACGGUGAUGGGGGGAGGAAGGGGAGGGUCGAGCGACAGGGGAAAACCAAACGCUGGGGGCGUUCGACUUAUCUUACCGAAGCGAUGGGGAGGCUGUGCGCGCUGGUCCGUGCGCAGCUGGUCCGUGUACAGCAUGCCGACGCGGCCCCGGGGGCCGGUGAGUCAGAGCGGCUGUGUCAGCGGAGCCCGAGCUGUGCCGCGCACUGCCGUCCUAUCUAA